AUGUCUGCAGCAGAUGAUUCAUUACAGUCCCAAGACAAUGCCAGCCAGCCAUCCUAUCCAGAAGGGGGACUGGCUGCGUGGAGUGUCGUGCUGGGCAGUUGGAUGGCCUGCUUUGGCACCAUGGGCCUGAUGAACAGCCUGGGGAUCUUCCAGGCAUAUCUCGAGGAGAACGAACUGCAGCAGCUCUCUCCAGGCAAAGUCGCCUGGAUUUUCGGCAUCUACUCCUUCCUCGCCUUCUUCUGUGGAAUCCAAGUUGGCCCUAUCUUCGAUGCAAAGGGCCCCAGGAUUCUGAUCAUCUGCGGAGGGACUGGGACAGUGCUAUAUCUGAUCCUCCUUGGCUUCUGCACUCUAUACUGGCACUUCAUGGUCGUUUUUGGCAUUCUCGGUGGAAUCAGCCUGUCUCUCACCUUCAACCCUGCAAUCUCCAUCGUCGCGCACUAUUUCAACCAGCGGCGAGGCCUGGCAACGGGCAUUGCCUCGUCCGGCGCCUCCUUUGGCGGCGUCAUCUUCCCUCUGCUCUUCCAGAAUGUCAUCUCCAAGGUUGGUUUCGCCUGGGCCACGCGAGUCAUCGCCCUCGUCGAUCUGGUUACUCUGAUCACCGCAGUCCUGCUCAUCAGGCCCCGGUUCCCCCCUAAGCAAAGCUCAGCCAGGAGUAUUCUCCCGGACAUCUCCGUCUUCCGCAACACCGGGCUGGUCCUUGCAAGCAUGGGCAUGUUCUUCAUGGAAUGGGGUCUCUUCGUCCCAAUCACCUACCUGACAUCUUACGCCUUGUCCCACGGUAUGUCCCCGCAGUUCUCCUUCCUCCUGCUCUCCCUGAUCAACGCCGGCGCAAUCCUCGGCCGCUGGAUCCCCGGCUACUGCGCCGACCGCAUCGGGCGCUUCAACACCUUCAUCCUCACCAUCUUCGGCUGUCUGCUAUUCGCCGCAUGUCUGUGGAUGCCCGCCCAGUCCAGCAAGGCAGUGACAACCGCUUUCGCGCUGCUGUUUGGAUUCGCCAGCGGGAGCAACGUCAGUCUGGCGCCUGUGUGCAUCGGCCAGCUAUGCAAGCUGGAGGCUUAUGGGCGGUACUAUGCGACUGCGUACGCUAUUGUCAGUAUAAGCACCCUGACGGGCAUUCCGAUUGCCGGUCAGAUCCUGACGCAGUGCAGGGGCGAGUACUGGGGCUUGAUCGUGUUUACCAUUGCUAGCUAUGCUGCUAGUCUGGUCUGCUUGGUUGCGGCGAAGCUUUACUGCUGUGGAUGGAUGGGGUGGAAGGCGAUCUAUUAG